AAAAAAUGUCCAAUUGCAAGUUUCCGACUCCAUAGAACAUCAAAUUCACAAAGGCAUAGAAUAUUUAUAAUCAAGGGAGUUAACAUGGAAAAUUUUGAAAAAUUGUUUAUUUUGUUCUUAUUUGCUCUUAUACACACCAUUGUCCUAGUUGAUGCCAAUUUUUCCAAAAGCAUGUAUAUUACAUGGGGUGCUCAACAUGCAAUACUUCAGGGUGAAGAUCUUCAACUUGUGUUGGAUAAAACUUCAGGAUCUGCAGCAGAAACAAAGAAACGAUUCUUAUUUGGAACCAUUGAAUCACGAAUCAAAUUGGUCCCUGGAAAUUCUGCAGGAACAGUUACAGCCUACUAUCUAUCUUCCAUAGGAAGCCAACAUGACGAGCUAGAUUUUGAGUUCUUAGGAAAUAGUUCAGGACAACCAUACAUUGUUCAUACAAAUAUAUACACACAAGGAAAUGGAAGUAGAGAGCAACAAUUUUAUCUUUGGUUUGACCCAACUGCUGAUUUUCAUAACUACACUAUCCAUUGGAACCCUACUGAAAUUGUGUGGUAUAUUGAUAGCAUACCAAUUAGGGUUUUCAGAAACUAUGAAAAUGAGGGCAUUGCAUACCCAAACAAGCAAGGAAUGAAGGUUUAUACAAGUUUAUGGAAUGCAGAUAAUUGGGCCACAAGAGGUGGACUUGUUAAAACAAAUUGGACUAAUGCACCAUUUGUAGCCAAAUUUAAUCAUUUUAGAGCAAGAGCUUGUAAAUGGAAUGGAGCAAUUAGUAUUAACCAAUGUGCUUUAAAUAUAGCUGCAAAUUGGUGGACUUCUCCUACAUACAAACAAUUGGGUUAUGCUCAAUUAGGUCAAAUGAAUUGGGUCAGAAAUAAUUAUAUGAUCUAUGAUUAUUGUCGUGAUACCAAACGAUUUAAUGGUCAAAUGCCACCUGAAUGUUUCAAGGCACAAUUCUAAACUUGAGAAUGAAUGGCAAGAUUGACUAAAGACCAUUAAUUUUCUUAUCCUAUGAGCUUCUUGCGCGUCCUAUUCGGAUUCUAAAAUUCGAAAUAUUUCAACGUGUUUUUGGAGGCUUUUAGGAGGUGUUUAUGUUGUUCGGAUACCUAUACUCCGAACUGUAUAAGAUGCGCAAGAAACUCAUAAGGUAGAAAAAGAAACAGUCUUAACUAAAAUGAUGCUUUUGUCUUUAUGUUGUUUUUUCUUUUCAUAUUUGUUUGGUGUUACAAAAUUUGUGAUUUGAUUUUAUUCUUCUUGUUUGUCAAGAAGUUAAUAAUAAGAUAUACUUAUUUUUCCUUUGCAAUAUUCA